AUGAGCCCGCCGUACCCCAUCUCUCCCACCAACAUGGCCAUUCCCGACUCCAGCUCCGCCGCUACGCCGAACAGACCAUACCCACACAUUGAGGAUCUGAAAGAGAAGGCAAAGAUCAGCUCCGUCGACAAGAACCAAUCCCUCAACCACUUGCUCGCCACUGCCGCGACCGCCGUCAAACAGGCCGAGAGUCUUGUCGAGUACCGCCGUCCCGACCUUGCCUAUGUCGAAUAUCUUCGAGCCUUUGAAAUUGCUGUCGCCAUCAUCCCCCAGCAUGAACAGUACCCUAUCCUGAGCAGCCGCCGAGGCUCCCAGUUCAACCAGCAUCAGUCUAUCCUCCGCAACAUCAGUCAACUUGCCGAUCGCUUCGACAAGAUCAAGGAAAUCAUCAUCAACGACAAUAGGCGGAAUGCCACGCAGAAGCUUUCCGACCUGCCUGUCCGUCGCUCCUCCAUUCAAUCCUCACAUCCUGCCGCUACCAAUGGCAAUGCCGCCCUCGCCGAUCGCUUCGCCAAACUGCGCAUGCAACCCGCUGCGGUAGACACGUCGCUCGCGAGCAGACGACUCGACUCACGCGCCUCUAUCACCUCAAGCAACGGUUCCAUCACAUCGACUACCUCCUAUAGUAACCGCUCUUCGAUCGACUUCUCCAACUCUCCAUUCGCAAAUGGCUCCUCAGUCAGACCUGUUGGUCCGCGGCAGAUGCCCAACGGUGCCCCAGGUCACCCGUUCGCCCAUCGCAUGACCCUCGACACAUCCGUCCACGAUGCUUUACCCAUGGCCCCACCCACUGCCUAUAGUCCAGCACGCAACAUGAACACACCGAGUCACAUCGACCCUCCAAGGACCACUGCCCGUAGUAUGGUCGGAUCGGCUGGAAGGAACAACUCCGUCGCUUCAACCGCCUCCUCUUACGCCCCAGGAAAUGAAGGAGAAGAAUCCGCGGGCUACUUUCCUCGCGUGUCACAAGAUCGACCACCGGCUGGUCCGCCUCGACGAAAGUCCAUACACCGUCCAACGGAACUGCGCAUUGGACCUGAACGCCUAUACGAUUACCUCAAAAUGCACAGCGUCUUGUUGAUCGAUGUCCGAAAUCGACAAGACUUUGACGAGGGCCACAUAUACGCUCAGUCCAUCAUCUGCAUUGAGCCAGCUGCACUCGAGCCCAACAUGUCUGCUGAGCAGCUCGAAGACGCACUCAUCCUAUCACCGGAUGCCGAGCAGACCAUGUUUUACAACCGCCACAAGUACGACAUUGUUGUUUACUACGACCAUGACAUUUCGUCAGAAAGUUUCAUCCACCGUCCAACAUCAGAUAGAGAAAGAUACUUGAAGUACUUAUACGACGCCCUCUACGAGUUCAAUUCAGAGAAGCCCUUACAGCGGCCGCCUAUUUUGUUGAUGGGUGGUAUUGAAGGCUGGGCAGAAUUGGUUGGCGAUCAAGCAUUGAAGAGAACAAACACGGUCGCACAACAAAAGUCUGGCCGCCCAAUCAGAAGGGUACCAGUUGCCAGCAAGGAGUCCAGAUUGUACGUCCCAAAGAAGCGACUACGAGAUUACAACCCACUCGACGCUGAAGAGGAGAGGAAAUGGCACGAGAGAGCUCGAGUCGAGAGCGUGGUUGUCGAACGGAAACCGUCUCUCGAUGAAGGAGACGAGUCAUGGCAGGCUGAAAAUGGCACACCGUCCUAUCAGUCUAUUGACGAGUUCGUUCGUCGGUUUCCUGAAGCCGGUACGCUCGAGCAGCGAUACGGAGUCCAAGAACAUCCUGCAUCAUUACUACCGGCACGACCACAGCAAGUACCGUCAUACCCAAGGCCUCCUCCGAAGUCGGCCAUGCCCUCAAUCCCUUCCAGACCAGUUCCUGCUGCAGCUCGUGUAUCGUAUAGCGGUGUUAGUGAUCACCGUGCUGUGUCGGCCCAAAGCACUGGCUCUACAUCUACAGAUCUACCACCAUAUGUCCCUCCGAAGUACUUGCCCUCCAACUUGCGACUACCACGGACAGGUCUCGUCAACUUUGGCGUCACCUGUUACAUGAAUGCGACAAUCCAAGCUCUUUCAGCGACCACUCCUCUUACCCUCUUCUUCCUUGACGACAGGUUCAAGACUUUGGUCCAGCGAGACAACUGGAAAGGCAGCAAGGGUGUGCUACCUGAGCUGUACGCAAACUUGAUCAGGAGCAUUUGGAAAGGAGAUGUCGAAGCUAUUCGGCCAAGCACAUUACGGUCGUUCUGUGCUCGUCUCAACAGCGAGUGGGGUAUUGAUCGCCAGCAAGAUGCAAAAGAGUUCUUCGAUUUCUUGGUCGAUUGUCUGCAUGAAGACUUGAACAAGAAUUGGUCAAAGACACCACUGAAAGCUCUGACAGCAGACCAGGAAGCUACACGCGAGAAGAUGCCCAAGCCAAUGGUCUGUCGGACCGAAUGGGGCAGGUAUACACAUCGCGAGCAAUCUUACCUUACACAACUCUUCGGCGGUCAACAUGCUUCUCGCCUACGAUGCACAACCUGUCACUUCACAUCCACCACGUACGAGGCAUUUUACAGUAUUUCAGUUGAAAUCCCACGCUCUGGCGUUGCUAGCAUUCAGGACUGUCUGAGGUCGUACUGUGCAGAAGAAAGACUUUCUGGCGAUGAAGUCUGGAAAUGCCCACGUUGCAAUCGCGAACGCGAGGCCACAAAACAGAUAACCAUAACCCGUGCGCCCCAAUUCCUGGUUGUCCACUUCAAGCGAUUUUCUGCUGGCAGAGGCGAAUCUGCUCGCAAAGUCCGUACGCCCAUCGAUUUCCCUCUCAAGAACUUGGAUAUGUCGCCGUAUAUGCUUCCUUCACCCACAGAACAAGAUGCCCAUUUCAUCUCCAAACAAUACGGAGUUGAUGCUCUGAAGUCCGAUCCAACCAUGCAGCCGCCGUAUCUGUAUGAUGCAUAUGCCGUGAUGAGACAUAUCGGCACAACCCUUACUUCUGGCCAUUAUACAUGUCUUGCCAAGGACCGAGCGAGGAACUGCUGGAGGCAAUUCAACGACACCUGGGUUGGUGACUUUGAUCCCGAGAGAUGGCGUAUAUAA